AUGGCAAAUUAUAAAGUUGCCGUGUCCCUUCCCUUUGCUCUUUCCUUUUACCCCUCCCCUUUCAACUUUCCCAUUGCCUUCCCCUUUGCUCCUUCCCCUUCCAUCUUCCUUUCACAGCCCCCUUUCAACCUCCCCUUUGCCCCUUUCCGUUGCCCCAUCCCCUUGCCCCUUUUCCUUUGCCCCUUCCCCUCCCACCUUGCUUCUACCCUUCCCCCUUUCUCCUCUCCCCUGCCCCUCAACCUGCGCCCCUGCCCCCUGCACCCGCCCACCAGUACUUGCAUCGGGGAGGGGGUGGAGAGGGGGAGGGGAAAAGGGGGGAUUAUUUCCCCGUUUCCCCACCUUAGCAUCGGGGAGGGGGUGGAGAGGUGGUACGGCAGAGCACAUAUGUGA